GGCGCUGCGCCCUGCGCUCCGGGUGGGCCGCGCGGCUUCAAGCCGUGGACCCCGUCUGUUAGACGAGGUACCGACCAGAGGCCACAUGCCCGGCUGUAGUUGUCCUUUGCUGGUACUAUUUAUUGUACUUUGCUGGUUUUAUUUAUUGAAAAAAUUUUUCUGGUUUGAAAAAAUUUUUUUAUUCUUUUAUUUAUAAUUUAUGAUAGUCACACAGAGAGAGAGAGGCAGACAUAGGCAGAGGGAGAAGCAGGCUCCAUGCACCGUUAGCCCGACGUAGGAUUCAAUCCCGGGUCUCCAGGAUCGCUCGCUUGGGCCAAAGGCAGGCGCCAAACCGCUGCGCCACCCAGGCAUCCCUACUUUGCUGGUUUUAAAGUGUUCCUUUUUGACCUGUGAAGCGACCUCGCUUUCCUCACUCUGUUACGCCGUGGUAGAGAAUGGCCAUGAUUCCUACAAGGCGCUGACAGGUGUGAAGGGAAACCUGCGUGGGUUAGAUUGCUAAGCCCUCUCGGUGCUCUCAACGCCAAGAAGACGCACAUUAUAUUUUAUCUUGUUUGGUAUAGAUAAAUGUGUCAUUAUUUCUAUUGGUUGUUUUCCAGUGAAAACUAUUCUCUGAACUGAAACCUGGAUUUGUCUUCUUGGUUAAGAAAAUGAAGCCAACACUUGGAAUGUUUCAGCAAAAGUGAUCGUAUGCUCGACAGACCUUGGUUUGAAUUCUGGCUUCACAACCGACUGUGUUAUGACCUUAGGAGACCUUGAUGGAAGGGUUGGAAGCCUUGAUGUUUGAGUAGACAAGUUCAAGCCUUCUAUUUUGGUCUUGGGAAUUGGGUUCACAGUUAAAGGAAGGAGGCCCCAAAGCUACUGAAAUAAUCUACAGAGUAAAGAAAACAGGAAAUUUAAAGAAACUAUGAGUGGAAGAUCUCAGGUCCACAUUUUUUGGGGUGCUCCAGUUGGUCCAUUGAACAUGACAGUAUCACAGGAACGAACUUCUUUAAUGUCUACUGAGAACCCCUGGAAAAAAAUUCAGCUGUCAUACAAUCAACACUCUUUACAUCUGAGGGAUGAAACUCUUGAAGACUAUCAAGUCUUAAAAGCUAAUGGCCCUCCAGAUCUUCCUAAUGCUCAUUUUUCAACAAAUUCUAUGAGUGAACCUGUUCAUGUGAAAGAAGACUUUAUACAUUGUAUUUCUGAAACACAGACCGUAAAAUCUGAGAAGAGUCCCCCUUCGGGGGUGAGUGAUACAACUAGCUCCGAUGUGCAAAUAUGUGGAUUUAAGGGCAAGGCUCAGCAUUUAACUGAAGACGAAAAGUAUCAAAAGCUUUUCAGCGAAGAUAAGAAAAUUACAGACGAACAGCAUAAAGAUCAGUCAAAUACAUUUGGCCAAAACUUUCAAAAAAACUUCUUUCAGUUAGAUCAUAAGUGUACAGCUAAACUAGAUUUGGUCUCUAGUACAGAACAGAUUAAUGUAGGGCCAGGAGCUGUUGGGACGAAGUAUGUACCAACAGAGCAUCAUGAGGUACAAAACCAGCGUCCAGAGUUCUCUUCCUUGGAGACAGAAGAUAAGCCAAGGUCUGAAGCUGUUAGAAAGGUCACAGACCUUAAAAUAUCUACUGAUACUGAAUUUCUUAGUAUAAUGACUUCCAGCCAGGUUGCUUUUUUAUCUCAAAGGAAGUCUAAAGGACAGAACUCUAUAAAUAAAGGGACUGUAAACAUGGAGAGCGAACCAAAGGCAAGUCACAGGGAAAUAAGAAUAAUUGAAGAUAAUUUGAUUCAGCCUAAUGAUGACUCUGCAGGAGGAUAUGAAAGUGGACAAAACCAAGCACAUUCCCUUGAACUCUUUAGUCCUGUUUGUCCUGAAACAAAAAGUAGUGACACUCACAUGAAACCUGAUAAAGGUCUUGAAGAAAAUACAGGAUCUCAAGAGCUUUUCAAUUUUAAAGAUGAACUGCCACCCAGUGAUGUAUGCAUUGAGCCAUAUGGCUCAGGAAUGCUGUGUUCCCAACUCAAUACCUUCCACAAAAGUUCUGUUAAAAGAAGUUGGAUCCCUGAAGAGAAGUUGGGCCAUUCCAAAACUCUGCCCAGAGUCCUCCAACCAUUCAAGAAAAUUAAGUUGGUUUCCAAUGCAGGAGAUCCUACUACAGCAGAGAACCAGAGAGAUGGGAAGUUUGGGGGCAUUAAAAAAACAUCUUUAAUAAAAAAUUGUGAUUCUAAAAGUCGGAAGUAUAAUUGUUUAGUCAUGGUAUUAUCUCCAUGCCAUGUGAAAGAAAUAAAUAUAAAAUCUGGACCAAAUUCUGGCUGUAAAGUGCCUUUAGCAACAAUUGCGGUAACUGACCAGUCAGGAAUUAAGAAGAAGGUCUCUCUGUGGAGGACUGCAGCAUUUUGGGCACUUACAGUGUUUCCCGGAGAUAUAAUUUUGCUCACAGAUGUUACUGUUCACGAAGAUCAUUGGGUUGGUGAGACAAUACUACAAUCAACAUUUACCAGUCAGUUAUUAAAUCUUGGGAGUUACUCAUCUGUCCAGCCUGAAGAUUAUUCCGGUAUAGUUAAUGGUGUUGUACUUCAAGACUUACUGGCAUAUGUGUCUUCCGAACAUUCCUAUCUCAGAGAUCUUCCUCAGAGGCAGCCUCAGAAAAUGAACAGCAUAGAAUUUGUAGAAUUGGAGCGGCUGCAGCCAGACAUACUAGUCCAUGCAGUACUAAGAGUCGUUGAUAUCACUGUACUGACAGAGGCACUAUACAGUUAUAGAGGACAGAAGCAAAAGAAAGUUAUGUUAACAGUGGAACAGGUCCAAGGUCAACAUUAUGUGCUUGUAUUAUGGGGUCCUGGAGCAGCCUGGUACCCUCAACUUCAAAGGAAAAAAGAUUAUAUUUGGGAAUUUAAAUAUCUUUUUGUUCAGCACAAUGAUAUCGUAGAAAGCCUAGAAUUGCAUACAACAUUUUGGUCAUCCUGUGAGUGCCUGUUUGAUGAUGAUAUAAGGGCAAUUACGUUUAAAGCAAAAUUUCAAAAAAACACACCCUCCUUUGUGAAGAUCUCAGAUUUGGCAACACACCUGGAAGAUAAGCAUUCAGGAGUGAUUCUAAUCAAAGCCCAGAUUUUAGAGCUAGUGAUUCCUAUCACAGCAGGUCAGAAGAUAGCUCUAAAUGCCCGCAGCUCCCUGAGGAACAUCCUCUCUUCCCUUCCGGACAUGGUAUAUACUGGCUGUGCAAAAUGUGGGUUGGAACUGGAAACAGACAAGAACAAGAUCUACAAACAGUGUUACAGCUGCUUGCCGUUUACUAUGAAGAAGCUAUACUACAGGCCAGCUGUAAUGACCGUGGCUGACGGAGGGUGUAACGUGGGCAUCCGGGUGGGAUCUCAGCUGAUGGAGAAGAUGCUUCUCAACAUUCCUCCCGACUGGCUCCGCAGAGUUAUAGCGCCUUGGGCCGAGGUCACCUAUGGCGCGGUGGCCGCAGACCUGUUGCACUCACUGCUGGCGGCCGGCGCGGCGCCGUGGCUCCUGCAGGUGCACAGCCUGUUCGUGCUGGACGACAACAGCUGCCCGCUGCAGCAGGAGUGCUCCCUGCUGGAUUUCCACCCCGACGCCCGCGCCGAGGACGUGGCAGGUCCUUCGAGGACCACGCUGGAGUCGUGUGCCUUGUGGAAUAAAUGAAGGACGGGGCUUUCCCUUGGGGUUUUAAAUAUAUAUGUGUAUUUUGUAUGGAGAAAUGUGAUAUAUCUAUACAUUAAAACUUUUUUUCUAAGAACA